AUGGAGCCUGUAGCCGUACUUCUAGCAUCGGUGAUCGCCGUAUACUGCUGUCAACCAACUGUGGCACAGUUCAACCAGUGUACGGGAGAAAAUAAGUGCGUCAACAUUCGCGAGUGCGCUAUGUUUGGGCCACACUUUACUGAGCCAGCCAAGUGGUCCAAUGCGUUGAAGGGUGAAUUUCGGCAGCGUGUUUGCAAACGGGAAACGAUCAAUGGUGUGAAGGUGUUCAAAGUGUGCUGUCCACGUGAACCAACCGCUGGACGUGUUUUGCGCGGUAUAGAGCUGCUGAAUUUCACAUCCUGUGGAACCACCUCGGAAAAUAGGAUAGCACAUGGCAAGUACGCGAAACUGUUUCAAUUUCCCUGGAUGACACUUCUUGAGAACAAGCUGGGAAAGUUUCCAUGCGGGGCGACCCUGAUUGCCGAGCGGUACGUGCUGACGGCGGCACAUUGCGUUAGGGAAGGCGAUAUUGUAUCGGUACGAUUGGGUGAGUACGAUCUGGACAAAACUAUCGAUUGCAGUACGAACGGCGAAGAGUGCGCCAUGCCCGUGCAGGAUAUUCCAGUUGAGCGGAUCAUCAUGCACGAUAACUACAGCAACCGGCACAAAAGGAAUGACAUCGCUUUGAUUCGGCUUUCUCGAAAGGCUUCCCUCAAUGAUAACGUGAACCCGAUCUGUUUGCCGGUUGGACCCCAGAUGCGUACAACGGUAAGAAACUACGUUGUUGCUGGGUGGGGCACCACUCACAAUAGUGAGUCCUCUGCCAGGCUCCAGUUUGCCGUUCUAACCCUGAUGCCCAACGACAAGUGCCUAUCGCGUCUGCGCAUGGAGGAUCGUUACGUCAAGUUGGAAGAAAGCCAGCUAUGCGCGAUCGGUGCCAAUAUGAGCGACAAUUGCUCAGGAGAUUCGGGUGGACCAUUGAAAACGAUCAGCGUUAGUGGUCAGUUUGUGCAGUACGGUGUAGUGUCGUUUGGCCUGAACACUUGUGGAAAAUUGAGCGCGCCGGGAGUAUAUACACGAGUGGAAAAUUUUGCCGAUUGGAUUUUGGACAAUCUGGAAGACUAA